GCUGCUCCUGAACGCAUCCCCGGCUCUCUCUCUCAGCGGUACAUUUGGAUUGGACAGACUACAGUAUACUAAGCUACUAGCUUGAGGAAACAUGGGAGACGACUUGGGUGACGAGUGGUGGGCACACGAGGCUAAUUCAGAUGCGUCUGAGGCAGAGGAGGAGACGCAACAAGAGAAACAGCCGACAGAAAAACCAAACGCAAAGACAAAACCAGAGAAGAGGAAGAGUGUGACAGAGAAAACUGUUCAGGCCAAGAAGAAGAAAAAGAAUGAACAGAAAGAGUGUAUCAUUCCUCCGAAGAAAGAGACCGAGGAUGAAAAAUCAACAAAACCCAAAAGAAAGCGGAAGAAGAAGAAGACAAUCACAGAUGUCUUGUCCUCUUCGGAGCCAAAGGCAGGCUGUCCGGCUGACCUGCAGAACCUGGUCACGCAGUACUUCUCAGACAAGCUCUCUGUGAUCGAGCAGGAGGAGCUCAAAUUGCUGGACUCCUGCUUCCUGACCAGUAAUGACUUGACGCACACCCUCUCCUCAUAUCUGAAACAGGUUUGUCCCAAGUGGUCGAAGAUUCAAAAGAAUCACACAGAAAAGAGUUCCGUGGCUCUGCUCAUCGUCUGUAGCUCCGCUCUCCGAGCCAUCGAGCUCAUUAAGCAGCUGACCGCCUUCAGGGGUGAAGCCAAAGCAAUAAAACUUUUUGCAAAACAUAUAAAGAUAGAGGAGCAGGUGAAGCUGCUGCAAAAGGGCGUCACCCACAUCGGAGUAGGGACACCUGGCAGGAUCAGCGCUCUUAUUGAGAAAGAGGGUUUGAGCCUGCAGGCUUUGAGAUACGUGGUCCUGGACUGGAACUGGAGGGACCAGAAGCUCAGAAGGAUGGUGGACGUUCCUGAGGUCAAACUGGACUUUAUGAAGCUGCUGGAGGGUGGUAUCCUGAAGGGUUGUAAAGAAGACAAAGUCAAAAUUGGACUAUUUUAACUGCACAUUGUGGAUACACUUUGCUGUGUGCUGAUAAUCCGAACGACGCCCCGAUGUUUGAAGCUACGUAUUGAUGUUCCUCGCUCCAUGCUGAGGGGCCUCAUCCUGUUUGUUUUCCCUUUGUGUCAGUGUGAGAUCUGCGCUGUGCUUUUACUAUUUUCAGAGGCCGUGUCAAAUGUGUGGUGUUGUUUGUUCGCUGUUGUCGUCCAAACGCGACGACCCAGUGUGAUAGAUGGAAUAAACAGACUCGGAAUGAAA